ACACGAGACGCUAGAGACAUCGAGCAUUCGAGAUUGAGAUUAGUCUGUGACACAGAAAAGGAUCAAAAGAUCUUUUGAGUGAGACCGAGACUUCCAUCCAUCCAGCGACUGAUAUCCAUCCUUCCCUUGUUGGGCGAAAAGUUAAAACAUGAAAACUGUAAAUUAAAAAAAAAAUGCUAAUCACAGCACAUCCACCACUUAGCAACUGAUGCCCCCCUCGAUUUCUCAGAAAAAAAUAAGGGAAAAAGUUGUCAGUUUUGCAGAUCGACUUCGUCUGCGGUGGCGAUCCUUGCUUCCUUAAGUGGUAAAGAGUGCAGUAUCUGGAGAUCUAGAAGAUGUUGGUAUCUGCAAUUUUUGAGAAGAAAGAAUAAACAGAAGUUUCAACAUUCUGUGCUCUCUCUGCUCAUCUAAUUCAACACUUAAUUUAAAGUUGUCCAAUAAUCAUGGAUUUCUUAAAAGCUUAGAUUCAUUUACAUUUUUGGUUUAAGUAUUUUUGUUGCCCAUGAGUUCUAUAUUGGAAAACUGGUACUUGGCAUUUGUUUUUUAGAAGUUCAAAGUGGGCGACUUGGCCUUACAUUAACUUGAUUGGGUGAGAUUGCAGAAGAAAAAUGAUACAAUGAUUAAGGUAGUGCAAACUGCAGAGUGUAUUGUUUGAAUCCUAGAGAGCCUUAUCUGAUGUAAUGGGCUCUAAUGAAGAUCAUAUACAGAUGACCAAUGGUGGAGUCAAUAAUGACAGCUUAUCCUCAAAUGGAGAGAAGGAAAAUUUAGGUACACAAUCCACAUUGCGUCAAAGUACAGAUAAAGAUGCAAGUUUGGCAACUUGUCGAGUGUGCCAAUGUGUUGAAUCUGACAGAAUGGGAGAUGCUGCAUUGGGAUUCUUGGACAUAACACCUCCGUUGCGGGAAGUCUCACAACUCAAUGUGGAUUCAAAUUCUAAUAACAAAAGAGACCUAAAAUGUGCUGAAAGUGAAAUCAAUAAGAAUUGUGGAAGGAAGUCUGGGUUUAUUGAGUUUGUUAGCCCAGAUGGGGAGGUAUUCAUUUGUGAUACUGAUCUAGAAGCAGGUUCAUAUUACCAUCAAGACGCCCUUAUCGAGCUUGGAUGUUCUUGCAAAAAUGAUCUUGCUCUUGCACAUUAUGCUUGUGCAUUGAAGUGGUUCAUUAAUCAUGGGUCUACUGUUUGUGAAAUUUGUGGAAGCACAGCAAAAAGUAUCAGACCCACUGACUUCAAAAAGGUUGUGGCUUCUCUAAAGGAGUAUGAAACAUUAAGAGAAAGGACAGCAACUGGGGUACCUACUACUUCCCAUAUUCAGACAGAUGCAGGGGUAGAUCCUGAUGCUGUUGCUGCCAUUCGAAGACAAAGGCUUAGUGAAAUUUCUUUGUGGUUUAAUCCACAUAAUAACAACCACCCAACAGUUCCACAAGGUGCCCCUGAACAAGUUUCUAAUUUCCCAACCGAAGAUGUUGUUCCCAAUGAAAAUCCUGCAACAAAAUGGGCUGUAGAAGGUACAGGGAUUCUAGUUGCUACAGGGCUUCUUACUGUCACUCUAGCAUGGCUUAUUGCUCCUCGUGUUGGAAAGAAGACUGCAAAAAGUGGUCUUCACAUUCUGCUUGGGGGUAUAUGUGCUUUGACAGUUGUGAUCUUCCUCCGCUUUAUUAUUCUAUCUAGAAUCAAGUAUGGACCUGCACGAUACUGGGCAAUUUUGUUUGUUUUCUGGUUUCUUGUUUUUGGAAUAUGGGCUUCCCGAACACAUGGUACACAUUCUACAUGAUUGUGUUCAUAUAAUAGUCGUCAUCAUCGUCUAAGCCUUGUCCCAACUAUUUAUGGGGUCUGUUACAUGAAUCUGUUUUGCCAUUCUGUUCGGUUUAGGGCCAUAUCCAUAUAAAAGUUGAUGCAGAAAAUCAGUGUUUUUUAAUUUUGUUUGUUUUAUUUUUAUUUUAAACUGGAUACUUAUUUUUCCUUUUUUCUUUCAUUUUUUUUUUUGCAAAAACUUGUGGCCUAAUCAUUUAUGUAUUAGUUUUCUGGAAUGUUUGCUUGGGGGAUUCAGGAUUGUUGGGCUUGCUUAUUACUGUCAAUACCUUCACAUCUAGCCA